GUCAUGCCCGCCUUACACACCCAUUCCAAACCUUUAGAAGAGGGUUGGUCUAAACACAAUGAAGAUGAUUUAAUAGAGAAAACCUAUACCGCCACCUUUCCUGCCUUUAAGUUUCCCGAUCGUGAACGUUUGCAUGUCAGCUGUGGGGUGCAAUUAUGUAAAGGACAUUGUCCAAAUAUAAAUUGCCGCUCUAGUGAAAAACUAGUGUUAAGCUCUGAAAAACACUUGGCACGUAUUGAAGUGUUUAAUUCCCUAGCAGUGACGGCGCCACAAAUUGAAGUAGAUCGUUUACGUUACGAUCGACGUCAUAAUAUGACAGUGGAAGAAUAUCCCCCUUAUGUGCGUCCCCUGGUAAAUGAUGGCACUUUAUGUUUAUCGGUUUCCAAAUUGGCUUUAUCAUUUUGUAUAUUGGGUUUAAUAUUUCUGGUGGCUGUUAUAGUGGCUGUUACUUCUUUAAUAAGAUCGCGACGAAGAACUUCUUCUAGUGGACAGCAUAGUUGUGGCACUAUUUCCACCAAUAGUGCCCGCUUGCAUCGGGCGGAGGUGUGCAAUUCUAUGUUUUCUUCAAGCAGUGAAUCGGCCCAGUCGGCUGCACGUUUUGGCAGUAAAUUUUUAAUACCCUAUUAUCCCAAUACUUUGCCCUAUGGUAGGGUUUAUUAAUUUUAAGUAAAUUUAAGUUUAAUUUAAAACGUUUAACGAAAUUAAUAACGAUUUUUCUUAAGAAUCCCGCAAUAAGUUACUUUUCUUAUA